UUGACUGCGACGCCCUUCAAAUGGACCAAGCUUAUUUUAGGUGGUGGCCAACGGGUCGAAGCCCAAGCGAUGAUGGAAGAAGUUGUCAACCUAUUGCGAUGGCGGGUGCACUACUGGAGCGAAAAACAACCGGAGACAAUGGUCUUUACUGGAAAGUGUGUCUCACUGAAAGUCAUUGCCUAAAUGUCACGGAUCUAUGCUCAGAUCUACCCCCACAAGAUAGUUGCAGUAUUUGCACCAGGGAUACAACCUCGGUAACGGAUGCCCCUACGCCUCGCUUACCGGGCGAAGGAACUCUGACCACGACGUCACCUGAUCAACCCAUGCCGAGCGGACUUACACCAGAUCAGACGGAGUCUAGCAACACGGGGAACUCAAGUCAUAAUACGCAAAACGGACACAUUCCAGACCAGCUAAGAAUAGCUUUUAUAAUUGGCGUUGGGGUUGGUGUCGGUGUUGCAGUUUUAUCUUUUAUCUUGGUUUGCUGCUUAGUCAUCUACAUCCGCAGGAAGAUGAACAGGAAUAGAAAUCAAGAUCAACAAACAAGCAGGACCAGCUACCAAGUGGAUAGUAACCAUUAUAGUACAAUUGAGCGACCUCUCCACAAUGGCAACGGAAGAGCUAUGUUUACAAUAUCGCCUCAAUCGUCGGUUGACUCGGGAAGUCCCAGAACAAAGAGGAAAAUGAAGAAGAAAAAGAGCAAGAAGCCAUUGAUUGCAUCAAGUGAUAUGAAGCUUGAACCCCUAGCGACAGGUCCAUAUACAGAAUAUUACGCUGACCGAUCAUUGUCAAGCUAUGCUGGCUUGCAAUCAGUAGCAAGUGAAUCCGCACUUGUAAAAGGUCCAUUCAACAUAUUUGCAGAAUACCAAGAACCCGAUCUUGUAAUGCCUAAAUCUGUUAACAUGUGCAUGUUCGAGGACAAACGAAUGAGCACAUCUUCUUCAUUUGGCUCGUUUAAACUACCAGGCGAAUAUAUUGACCCAGUGGACCUUAAUGGACCAAAUAAAUCUAAAGCUGAAAAUAAAGACAAAGAACCUGAAAUAAGCGGUGGCAGUGGCGUGAUGUCGCCAGAUCAAGGGGCACAGAAACACUUUAAGCAAAGGGGUGACGAAAACGCAACAACUUCACCAAUGUGGCAGGGGAAGCUGAAAGGCAAACAGAAGAAGAUUGAAACAUCGGCUUCUUGCAAGGAAACAAGCAGCAGACAAAGUCCAAGUUCACCGGACAUCCCCAAAGAUGGAGCUUUAUUUCAAGAAUUGGUAGCAACGCUUAGUAAGAAGAAAAAGCCUGUAUCAAAGUCCGAAUCUACUCCACUUGACAUCGAAGGUGAGAAUCCUUAUGCAGAGGUUAGUGAAGCCUUCUUUUCAAACGAAUCGCCAAGAGUGUCUCGCCAGCGCAGCCACAGUCAACCGAUGGUUUCUACACUUGCCGGGUAUCGAACCUAUGAAGAAAUCAAACCAAUGGGUCAUCAGGCAAAAAACAAAGAUGAUCGAAAUGACGUGAGUGUUUUCGCCCCUGCUAAUCCAUAUUUUGAAUUGGAAGAUCCUAAUGCAUCAAGGACUCAUUACUUUGAACUGGAAAAUCUUAACGAAGAAACCUCCAACCAGCAAUACUUCGUACUUGAGAAACCCAGUAGUUUGCCGUUAGAUUCUAAAAAGAAAAAGAAGGGCGAUGAGCAAAAAGCAUUCUAUGAUCAAUAUGACAAAACGGCUACACUUUAUCAAAAUGAUAAAUGUGCAGUGAGUGGCUCUGGUUUUCGACAUAACCACUUUGAUUUAUGCGUUGACAAUGACUCCAAUACGUGCCAGUUAAAUGGUGUUAAUGCAAAGGCACCAAUGUAUUUUCAGUUGGAUACCCCACGAGAGAGAUCAAGCCUUGGAUCUAUGGCACAGGAGUAUAUGGGCUCAUCGGAAAAUGAAUUUGGUAAAGACCGGAGCACCAGGGCAGAAGGGACAUUGACAUUCUAUCCUGGAGGGAGAAAGAGGGCUUCUACGUACAGUUUGGAAGAACAGGCAUAUGACAAACUCAACCGAAGCGCUAGGAGUAGUCGUUCAAGCAACCGAAGAAGUAUGAUUAAUACCGGUAGCUCUACACCACCCGAUGGUCCUUACUCAUGUAUCUCUGUAGAUGAAGAAUACAACCAAAUUCCGAGACUUUCUAAAAAUAAGAGCGUGAAGAAAAAAUAACAAUGUAGACAUGAACUAUACUAGUUAUCGCGAUUUAAAAAUGAUAUAUUUGCCCUGCCUUGCCUUCAUCGUUUGAAGCAAAAUACAGACUAUAGCUAUAGUCCCUAAAUCGGUCUACGAUUAUACGGUCGCCGAGCAAGUGGGUUAUUACUUACCAGGCUUUUAACUUUCGUGUUUUCUUUUAAAAGUUAAAAAAAGCACAUAGAAAAUGGAACGAUUAGAUUUUACAUGGUGGAGCUCCAGAGGUGGGGGUAGUGAAAAAAGAUAAGAAAAAAGAAGAAAAGGAGUAAAAAUUUGAAAUAAGAAAACAAGAAAGAAAAUAAAUACGGGUCGCGAAGCUCAACAUAAUCCCAGUUGCUGAAUCGGGAAAAAAUGACGUCACCUGACUCACCUUCAGGUGAUCUUGCCCCCUAUCAAAAUAAUUUGGAGCCGCCCCUAGCUGGAUGGGAAAUUAUCAUUUGUUAUGAAUAUGCUAACUCAUUAACACAUUCGUAAAGUGUAAAAGUGUAACACUGUUGAAUAGAUGUUGACAAAAUUAUCAUCAACAUAAGGGGAAGCCACUCAUCAACAAUAUUGUGAGUUUGACUUGUGCUUUCAUGGACAUAAUCAUGACAAUCAUGCUGGUUCUUCUUGCUGUAUUAUGUCUUCGAAAUAGCGGUUCUUGCCAUUCUUUGUUGUUGUUUUCUAAAUAACUACCAAUUAUAUGUACAUGUUAGAUUUGAAACAAUAUAACAUAUGAUUUAAAAAAAAUUCACAAAACUAAUUUUUGCCUCCAUCUUCAUAUGCCCUGUUUAUUUAUUCUAGGAUCUGCAUUUGUAUUGCGUCUUUAUUAAUAUUUCUUUCAUUUUUUAUUUGAAAAAUGGAAUGUAUAUUUACCAUACCCAUCUCCAUUUUGUUAAGAAGGAUCCUAUGUAAACGUUGAUGGAUGAUAACGUUUAUAUGGAAUAGAUGCGACAACAAAACAUUAAUUCAUGGAUGGUAUUCCAUUGUUGCAUUAAAACAAUGUUCAAGCAGACCAUGAUAGUUAUAUUAGACUUUGAUUUUGUUUUAAACCAAUACCACACAUUUUAAAGGAAGUAAUCAAUGCACAAUUGUAUUUGUGAUAAUAACAUGCUAGUAUUUAAUACACUUUCAUCGGCUUCAAUUUACAAAUGGGCCGUUUCAAGAAAAUGUCAAUCAAUUGCAAGUCAAUAUUAGAUCCCAACAUUAAUCAUGAAUAUCGACUGAUUGCUUGUUUGCUUUUUACAACAGAAAAUGUGGCAGAGUUGACUACGGUUAACAUCAACAAUAAACAUUUUAAAUGGAAAUUUCCAAUAAAAGUUCAAAUAUAUGUAGAAAGUUAAUAAGGUAGUGGAGUUAGAUGAUUUAAAGGAAAGCAGAGUUUCAUGGAAAAUAUCCGAUGUACAAAAAUGUACAAGAAUACGAAUGUAAUGUAAAUAAACUUACAAAACAAACACUUUUGGGGGUAGAUAAAUACGAACGGAAGGACAAAGGUGAUGGGGAAUGUGACCAUGUAACAUCCGAUGCAACUAUAACAUGAAGAUUCUCCACAGGCACCUAUCAACCAACUUUAGUUGAAAAAAGGGAGCAACUGUUGAAAAUAUUAUUCAUAGCAGAGUAUUGCCAUGGACCUAUUGCGAAGUAACUUUAGUAUUUGACCUCCAAUGACCUCUGGCACAACAACAUUUUGUUACCCCAAGUGCAUCUAUCACCAAUGUUUGGUUGUCAUUUGACCAACAGUUACCAAGUUAUGUGUUAUGAAACGAGUCUUUGAAGCACAAUAUACAUGAUAUAACGUAUGAAAAGAAAGUCCUGCAGGGACUCUAUAGCAAUGUGACUUCAAAUGACAUUGACCUCACCAUGUGGCCCCCGACAGCACCGCAACAAAAAUGGUACCCCCAUGUUUGGCUACAAUUUGACCAACCAGCAGUUGUUAAAGGUGAAGUCCACCCC